UUCUUUAAAUAAAAUUAUCAGAACACAAUCACUAUUCUCUUCCCCUACACUGCUACUGCUACGCCUCCCCGCCAACUACUGCCGCCGCUGCUUGUGCUGCGCCUCUCCGCCCGUUUCCGCCGCUUCCGCUAGUGCUGUGCCGUUUUUCCGUCUGCUGCAUUCUUUUGGGGGAAGAAUAAUCCUUUGUCCCAAUCCCAAUUAAAAUAGUUCAAAGAGUGCGAUUGUGAUUCCUUUAACAAGUUUGCCAUCGCACUCCACAAUCAACAUUGCAGCUUAUCUUCACUCAGUAAUGGAGUGUACAGCGUUUUCUUCUAUUUAUUCUAAGUCAAAUUCUAGGGUUUUCAAUUCAAUCACUCAACUCUCAAGCUUAAAACCACCACCAACACCACCUCAAUUCCCUAAAUCAAUAUGUUAUAACCCUUCGUUUCGUGUUUUUAAUUUCUCAUGCAAAUCUACCUUUAAGAGACUCAUUCCUCAUGCUGUCUCCUCUCCUUCCUCUUCUAAGAUGGCUGUUACUGCGGCAAGUGAUUUGGAGUUAUCAAAUAUAAUGGCAUUAUCCCCUCUGGAUGGACGGUAUUGGGAUAAAGUGAAAGACUUGUCUCCUCAUUUGAGUGAAUUUGGGUUAAUAUAUUAUAGAGUUCUUGUUGAGGUCAAAUGGUUGUUGAAGCUUUCACAAAUUCCUGAAGUCACUGAAGUUCCCAAUUUCACAGAAGAAGCUCAGUCUUAUUUGCAAGGAUUGGUUGAUGGGUUUAGCAAGGACGACGCCCUGGAAAUUAAAAACAUUGAAGCUGUGACAAACCAUGAUGUAAAAGCAGUUGAAUACUUCUUGAAAAAGAAGUGCCAAGUACAUCCAGAGAUAGCUAAGGUGCUUGAAUUUUUCCACUUGGCUUGCACAUCCGAGGAUAUCAACAAUCUUGCCCAUGGUUUGAUGCUGAAAGAUUCAAUGAACAGGGUCAUGUUUCCUGUGAUGGAUGAAUUAAUUAAAGCAAUAUGUAACAUGGCUGAAGACUAUGCAUCCAUUCCAAUGCUUUCUCGCACUCAUGGACAGUCAGCUUCGCCUACAACUUUGGGAAAGGAAAUGGCAGUUUUUGCUGCUAGGUUAAGCGAACAACGGGAGGAAAUGGCUCAAGUUAAGAUAAAAGGGAAAUUUGCUGGUGCAGUUGGAAAUUAUAAUGCACAUCUUGUUGCAUAUCCUGAAGUUAAAUGGCCUUUAAUUGCCAAAGAGUUUGUGGAAUCGCUAGGGUUGUGCUUUAAUCCAUAUGUCACUCAGAUUGAACCACACGACUAUAUUGCAAGACUUUUUCAUGCAAUCAUCAUUUUUAACACUAUCUUGAUUGAUUUUGAUAGAGAUUUAUGGGGAUAUAUAUCCUUAGCCUACUUUAAGCAGAUAACUAAAGCUGGCGAGAUUGGGUCGUCAACUAUGCCUCACAAAGUAAAUCCUAUAGACUUUGAAAACAGUGAAGGUAACCUUGGAAUCGCCAAUGGAAGUUUGUCUCAUCUCAGUGAGAAGUUGCCUAUUUCACGUUGGCAGCGUGACUUGACUGAUUCAACUGCUUUGAGGAGUAUGGCCUAUGGUUUGGGACAUUCUCUUUUAGCCUACAAAAGUGCAUUGAAGGGAAUAGGAAAGCUACAGGUGAAUGAAAGUCGUUUGAGUGAAGACUUGAACAAUUCAUGGGAGGUGCUUGCGGAACCAAUCCAAACUGUUAUGCGGCGAUAUGACGUACCAGAGCCUUACGAGAAGCUGAAAGAGCUGACCAGGGGAAGAGCUGUUACCAAAGAAAGUCUAAGAGAAUUCAUCCAGGGCUUGGAAUUGCCAGAAGAAACAAAGGCCCAUCUUUUGGAGUUGACUCCACAUAGCUACGUUGGAGCAGCUAUUGAAUUGGCUAAAACCGUGGAUGUCACAAUGAAUUUAAUUAACGGGAAGAAAGCUCUAUAAACCGAUGGUUACAAGUUGCCCAGAGACGGUAUUGUUAUAACAGAAGAUGCGACCGAGUAGAUUGCGUUAAAAUUUUCCUCCAUCAAUUUUAUUAGAUCAAAAGUCUAAGAUUUAAAAGUAGAUUUUAAUUUUAUUUUAAACUUCUGCGUAAUAAAUCACUAUUCUUUUGUUAGAAAUUCCCACUCUACCCAUGUAGAAAAGUUGGAAUCCCAAUUGCUCAAUUGCUCAAUUACUCAA